AUGGGAGUAAAGUCAGCACCGUGUGACAGUGAGCCCAGAUCAUUCCUGUCGCAGGCUCACAGAAAACAAAACGGGGGCGGGUCCUCGUCGCUGAAGUCGGUAACACAGCAGCAGCAGCACAAUAAAGGGAAAGGACACGACAGCUUAAUAGCAGGGCAGCAGAGGCAACGCGUCUCCUGCAACGCAUUCAACAACAAAAAUAAGUGCUGCAGCGUCUCGCCAAGAGGCACCACGAAGGAAGGAACGUUAUUGCAACGCGGGCAUUGGCACACAGCCCCAACAUCUCUUUAUCUCUCACUCACUCAGACUCUGGUAAUGCUGGUCUAA